AUGUUCCUUCCAACAGUUCGGUAUAUAUUUUUGGCGGUGGUUGUCGGACCUAUCCUGGUGGCUUCCGAAGGGAUCGAGUCCUACGAGAACUAUUACAACGAGAUCCAUGUGGACGAUGAACAGGCGGAGGCCAAGACCCGCAAUGCAUUGCAAUCGCCGCUCCAACGUUGGCCUGGUAACAAGAUACUCUACCGAAUAUCUGGGGACUACAGCGAACAGGAGGUGACCAAUGUCCGGACAGCGAUGUCGAGUUUUGGCGAACAGACAUGCGUGCAGUUUGAGGAGAUCGAGGGAUCUCCUCCCACAGGCAAACGAUAUGUGUUCUUUAAGAAAUCGCCGAAUAUGUGCGGAACCCGAGUGGGCUACCAACCUUUAUCCUUUGGCCCCCACGAUGUCGUCCUAAAUGAAAGAUGCCUUACCAUGCCGGCGGUUAUCCAACACGAAACCCUCCACUUGUUGGGCCUUUUCCACGAGCAAAGUCGUCCCGAUCGCGAUGAGUAUGUGAAAAUCGACUACGACAACAUCCCGAGAAAGUACUGGUCGCAGUUCAUGGCCAUGGAUCAGACCACCACCUUUAAUGUUCCCUAUGAUUAUGAGAGUGUUAUGCACUAUGCCAAAAACGCAUUCGCCAAGGAUCCCUCAAAGCCUACGAUCCGUGCCCUAAUCAAUGGUGAGGAAGUGGAGAGGGAUAUGGGACAGGUGCGUGGUCCUUCGGAGGGUGAUUGGACCAAGAUUCGGCUAAUGUACAAGUGCUAA